CAAUGCCUGCGAUAUCUACGAUGUGCUUGCGAUGGCCAGGUUAACUACAAUAUCUGCAACCGCUGUUGAGUAUCCUAGGCGCCGACCGCUAUGCCGAACCGCUAUACGGACCGCUAUACCGACCGCAGUUCGAUAUCCAGGGCGCAGACCGCCGUACCGACCGCCGUACCGACCGCCGUGCCGACCGCCGUGCCGACCGCCGUUCGAUAUCCAGGGCGCAGACCGUUGUACCGAACCGCUGUUCAAUAUCCUAGGUGCCAACCGCUAUACCGACCGCCGUUCGAUAUCCUGGGUGCCGACCGCCGUACCGACCACCGUGCCGACCGCUGUACCGAACCGUUGUUCAAUAUCCUAGGUGCCGACCGCCGUGCCAACCGCUGUACCGACCGCCGUUCAAUAACCAGGGCGUGCCGACCGUUGUGCCGAACCGCUGUUCAAUAUCCUGGGUGCCAACCGCCGUACCGACCGCCGUUCGAUAACCAGGGCGCAGACCGCGGUGCCGACCGCUAUUCAAUAUCCUGGGUGCCGACCGCCGUGCCGACCGCCAUACCGAACCGUUGCUCAAUAUCCUAGUGUGCCGAACCGUUGUUCAAUAUCCUGGGUGCCGACCGC